AUGGCGGUGGGUAUCCCCACGGGCUUCGUGCGCAAGCUCUACCGCAUCUUGGACCACGAGAGCGCAACCAUCAUCAGCUGGGACGAAGGUGGCGUCUCCUUCUCCGUCCAUGACAGCGCUGCACUCGACGCGCAGAUUCUGCCACGCUAUUUCCGGGGCCGCCUCUGUGCCUUCCGCCAGCAACUCAUAGACCAUGGCUUCACACGCGGCGACUGCGAAGAGGACGACACCCGUGAAGAGUACAGACACCCAGACUUCCUCAAAGGACAGCCAGCUCGACUGAGUAAAAUCGAGCGGAAACCCAAGCGAAAAGCUAAAGCCGCGCGGAAAUUCAAUGGCGAAACUCAGAGUAAAAGCGUUGCAGCACAAAUUGAAACUUCGAAACGACCGAUAUCUCUCAAGGUGACACUCAAUGUACCACCGAGGGAAGGCAGAAAGAGGGACCGAAUAGAGACUGCAAUCAGUGAAAUACCCAAGAGAUUCAAGCCAUCGAUCGCUCAGACACCGUCAACUACCGCCAAAAAGGCCAAAAAUCCACUGUUUUCGGACGACCCAGAGACCGGAAUUCUGUCCCUAGCCAAAUUCGUGGAGGGAACUGGACUACUUCCGGCGAGUUCCGAUCUGCCAGACCCAAUUAGUUACCUCAAUAAGGCUGCAGAUACUGUCAAUGGGACGGCUCAGGGCACUCAGGUAGCACGGCAGGAAGUGGAAACGGCACCGACGGUCCCAAUGUUUUCGGACGAUAUGGUCAAGUCGGCAUUGUUUUUCCUCGUUUCGUCAUCGUGCACGGGAGUCGAGAGUAAUACCGCGGCGCCAGUGUCAACAACAAUGCCGACAAGUGCAUCGACACUACCCACGGCAAUGACAACGUCGACAACAAAUUUUUUAGCCUCACUACUUGCUUCUUCAUCGACUGGAGGCUCAACGGCGACACCGUUUGCAAAGGGCAAUAAUCCUCUGUUCAAUGAUCAAGCAACGGAUGGAGAUGAUGAUAGUAUCUGGAACAUUCUGGUAUCUUCGUCUGUAGACAGAGUACGCACCGCCAUCGGUGGAGUGGAGUCUCCACAAGAGAAAUUGAGACUGAUUCUGGAGGAACGAGAGAAAUUGGAGGAACAGCGAAAGAAAGUAGGGGCGCCAACGGGGCCGAUUGUACCGAAAAGCUUGGUGGCAAGUAAUCCUCCCACGACUACUGCGGUGGAGAACUCUCGGCCGCAAAGACAGCAAAACCCUUUGUUCGCAACGGACAACAGCAACAGCAGUGUUGGAGGUCAAGCCGAACCUGCAGAAGACGAUCUCUGGAAGCUGUUGAUGUCGUCUUCAAUCGAUUCAUUCAGACGGGUAAAUGAGAUGGGACUGUAA